UGCAAAUAAUGCAAUUAUUCAUACUUCUGAAGUAUGCAAAAUGCGACUCCUUCCAAAAAACAUUUUAAGAAUGGAUGCACAAUCAAAAAUGGUACAGUACAGUAUUUCUUUGGCAAACUUGAAAGUGGAAAAAAUGCAGAUUGAUGUGAGAGCAAUUUGGUAGUAGAGCAGAAAGAUCCGUCAGCAAUAUGUUUAGGAAGCAUAUCUGGCGUUAUGGUGUCGUGGACGUAAGGGACGGGAACGGACUGGUUCGUCACGGAGUAAUCGUAGAUUUGGUGGAGGACGGGGGCGAUCUCAUUGUGGAUUUUGGCUACGAUGGCCAUCACGAUGAGCGUGUUCCCCUUACCAGCUGUGUGGCCUUUCAACAGGAGUUCCCAUACGGAAUGCACUUUGGCAGUCGUAAGCCAGCCAUCGGACAAGCUGUGCAAGUCCUCCAUCAGCGCAGCUCAGAUCAGCCAUGGUGCUGGUAUCCUGGCCGGUUGCUUGUGCAAGUCGAUGAUCACAGUCUGGGAGAGGGCUACAUGCACGCCCACUCUCUUGUGAAAGUGGUUAUCGAUGGAGAACCAAGUGUGGAAUUCGUGGAUACUCAUAGAAUCCAGGUGGCGACGGAAUGUUCCCUGACAGACAAGGCACUACGCGUCGCACGCUCGUCGCGCUUCCACGAUAAAUUUCCCCGGCAGAAUCUCCAUUUUCGGAAAUAUCGACUUGAGACGAAGUUUUAUCCUGGGAUAUGCCAAUUGGCGGAGACACCAGGAUUUCGGGACACAUGGAGUAAACUGACGAACACGAUGUUUGUUCGGAUUGAAGUGCUGCCUGACGUGCAGCUAAUUACUCAUUACAUAACGUCUUCGAAAUAUAAACGUGAGAUUGCCGAAGAAGAUUGUUUGAAAGUGCUGCGGAAGAUGGACUUUUUAUUCGGUUACCAUCAAAAAAGACGGCAGAAACGUGUGAGAGAAUAUGAUCAGGAAGACAGCGGAGAAAAGCAACAGAAAACGAAAAAUAACAACCCAAGCGAAAUCUUUUCCCAAACAAAGGAUAGCGAAAAUGACUGCUUGAGCACUACUGCAUUAUCGCAUCUGCCCCCUGAACUCCUGACGGAAAUACUUGGAUAUCUCUGCGCGGAAAGACGUACAAGGUGUCGCCGCGUCUGCCAUGGCUGGGACUCCAUCAUCACGUGUUCUCCCUCUGUCCGCAUCGAAUUUGAUGGAGCGUCGCCGGGUAUGCGAAUUGCACUCGCCUGGGCGCUCUACAAGACCUUCAGCACUGCCACCAACGUGCGUGUGCUAACAGUUUCCCAUUGUGCGCGUUGGAUCCGUUAUGAAAACAUCGUGCCCGAGGUGGCCGCCAUUCUGAACGCCAUGCAGGUCACGGUGCCGGUGAUUGUUCUGACACACAUGAGCGCGGAGUAUCGGGAUGUGCGGCCUGAACCCCCGCCACGAGAGCGGCAGCCUGUUUGGUCAUGGCGCGCAGUGUGUCGGAAGUUGGUCCUGGCGGAUGUGGACCUCGUCAUGCCGGAGAAGUGCUCGAGAGAAGAGGUACUAACAGACCUACGGGGAUUUCGUCAUCUGAAGGGUGGAUUAUGGUUAAAGACGGGUUCUGACUGGAUUACGAGGGAGUACUAUGAUCACGCUGAAGUCGGUAAAUCUGAAAUAUUGCGGCUAAGAAGAAGCGUCAAGAAUAUGACCGAGACUCGUGGUUAGACCAUCGAAGAAUUCGUUUCUCAACGUGUUUUUGCUUACACCGGUCAAGUCUUUUAGGUGGCUUCGUCUUUUCACAGCAGCGUUGCGCUAAGAGAGUCUUCCAAGUUUUUCCCCUUUAUACGGGGUUGUCAAAAUAAUAACAAUACUUAAUAAUUUUCACAGCAGACAUAUGGGUUCUAGUGCUCAAUCGCGAUGUACGGUCAAUUGUUUGAAUUUGUUUCUGUUAUUGGU